AUGGAUAUUCCGAAUUUUAUAAGGGAAGAUAUAGCUCGUCUAAAAUGGGAAGAAAGUGUUCUAACGCGCCAGCAGCGAAUUUUAAAGUACAAACUCGACAAAAGCCCUAGCGAAACUGUAAAAGCAGAGUAUGAAAAAAUGUUAAUCAAUCUUAAUAACCAAACAAAUGAAGUUCAGUUAGACAUAGAUGAAGCUUUACAGUUCAGAAGAAUACGGCAGGAAUCUCACAGUGAUUUAGAAUCCUCUAGUGACGGCUCCAGCUCUGACGGCAGCGCUUUUGGGAUCUUUUAUUACGACGUUCGGCCUCGACAUAUAUAA